GUUUAUAUUAUUUGAGCGGUGACUAUCGGCUUUUUUGAAAGAAUAUGCAUUGUAAUUAUAUUUUAAAUUAUUAUUAUUUUUAUUUUUAGAUCAUUGUUAAAGAAUAUAACUGACGAAUAAUUAAAUUGACUGAAAGUAUGGCUAGUGACACGGAAACCAAUAAACAUAGUCAAAAUCCUUGCAAUUUUAAAUUUCAUGAAUUUAUUGAUGACGUUGGCGAGGUUAGAAUUAGUUGUCACAUUAUACAGAUGGAAGAUUGUUUAUAUUUAUGGAUUGGAGAUGCUAAACAGUCUGUCAUGAAUGAUCUUGCUUUUGCACUUAGAUCAAAUUAUGAAUCAAUACCUAUUGGUACAAAGAUAAUGGGUGCAGUUGCAGAUGAAACUUCAACUAACAUAGCUAAACGUUUAACAAAAAAAUUGGGAAAAGCUGUAUAUGUUAGUUUUAAUUUACAAGCUGAUAAAAUGUUACUGCUCAAAGUCGAACAAAGAAUACAACAAGAAUUUAAAGCAAAUGAAAAACUAGCAAUAAUUUAAUAAGUUUAUGUAUUUCAAGUAAAUUGAAGCUUUUCAGUAAUACAACGAUGAGUUUAUUUAAUAAUUACUUAAACUGAAAUUUGAUUACACUUAAAUAAAGCUAUUCUCAUAAUAAUAAACCACAUAAAUAAAGAAAUGGAGUCUUCUUGAGUAGUUGGCCAACUUAAAAAGUAAUUAAUUGGCCAUAAUGAAUCCUUUGGUAGUCUCACCACGGGUUCAUUAUUAUACAUGUAUAAAAGAAUCAUUAUUAAUAUGCCCUUAAAUAAAUAUAAAUAUAUAAUUAGGUAAUGUACUAUAAAAAAAAAUAAGAUUUG